AGGCCGAGGUAGCGAGCGGUCGGCAUUAUCGUCUCGCGGGCAGCUCUCUUACGUACGGUUGCGCAAGAAAUUACAAUUUUUAACAAUCGCGAUGGGUUAAAUCGCGCGUUGUGAUUUUAAACGUCGAAGCCCCACCUUUGACACCAGGCCACGCUACGACGUGGACGCGAAGAACUUUGCUUACCUUUUUUCAUCACGUUUUUCUUACUGUCGUACGUGAAGUUUUUCUCCCUCCCUCUCCUCCUCCUCCUCCUCAUCCUCCUCCCUUCCCCCACCCUUUCCAACCAUCACUCAAAUCCACCCCCGACGCAAACUUUCCGCGCUCGUCGUAGCGAAAUGUGCACGCGAUUAGUCAAAUUUAUUACGAUUAUUGUUUACGGUGUGUGAUUGAUAUAUCGUGAGAAUUAUUACUGCUUUAGAUGUAUCAGAGAACACUCGUCGUACCCGGUUGUACUAAAUAUUAGUCUUCUUUUUAUAAUACAAUUUUCAUCGCUGCAAAGUUGUGCGGUUGUUUAUAGCAGUUUUGUUUUAGUUGUAAUCGUAAUAUUGUGCGGAUAUAUAUUGUGAAGUUUUACUAUUCCGUUUGUACGUAGUUGCGUACGUAUACGUGUACCACACACUUUUUCCUAUAUCGUUCUUCUUUUUUGCCGCGUAUUCAAGUUCCAAUCUUUGAGCGACGUGAAUUGCGAUAUUGUCGAGUGAGGGUAACCUUCGAUACCUUUAAUAUUGUGCGGGAGUUUUCGCGUCGACGGAAAUAUACAGGAUUUGGUAUCGGGAAGCUUCCGGUAAUUUAUAUCGAGGAACCAAAGUACAGUUAUGUGCUGCACGUUGUGAACGAAGAAACCCGGCGAUUGUGAUUCAAGGAUCGUGAAGGAUUUCGCAAACGGAGUAACAUUGCGGACGAAUAGGUUGAGUCAGUUUCGCUCCGACACGCGUUCGAGACUUUGAGGAGAGACUGAAAGACAAGUUUUUAAUCCUGUUGUCAAAGUGUUGUGUUGAAUUUUUGUCUCGGAAUGCGUAAGAAGUAUAGAACAAAAAAAAUCGUAAAAAAUCGACAAGAACUAGAUCAAAAUUCGAUUCCGAGGAAUGAAAAGGGGAGAGGGAAAAUCAUAUCGUGUUCCGUGAGAUAGGGAGGACAUUAAAAAGGGAGAAAACCAGCUGUUUGUUUUAUCGCACAAUGAAAAUCGAGGAUCGGGAUAUCGUCCAGGAAAUGAAAAUCUGCCAGCAGCAGUCGACCUUUUCUUGAUUCAACGGAGGAUUUUAUAAUGUGAAAACAAAAAAAAAAAAAAAUAAUAAUUGCCAACAUUGCGGCAAGAAUCGGCGUAUAAUUAUACAAUUUCGAAAUUGUAUAAAUCUUAUACCCUGGAGCAAACGGGAUAUAAACGAAGGAAGGGCGGAGAACGAGGAACGAGCAAAUACUGGAAAAAUUAUACCUCCAGCGGUAAUAAUAUAAUUGUACUUAAACGUAGCGAAUCGAUCGUUGAAAGAAAUCUGUCGUUUAUAACUCGGUUCGAUUAAUAUGAAGAUCUCAUCGAUUUCAUUUUCUUUAAUAAUUACGAUGCUUGAAUAGCGAGUAAAAGCCGUGCGAACGAAGAUGAUUAUACCUGUAUCGAAAUACGAAAAUGUGAUAUAUAUAUAUAUAUAUAUAGAUUGAGGAGAAAAAUUUAAACCAUACUAUACGUUUAUAAAUAUACGCACGAAGACGAGUGAACAAGAAAGAAAAACGAAACUGCGAAACAAGUACCUUAAAACUACCAAAAUUAAAUAUAUAUAAAUAUAUAUAUAUUUUAUUGUAUAUGUAAACGAAUAGAAGGAUAUAAUACGAAAAUAUAAUAUCUGCGACAUUUGUUUACACAUGUAUACACACCUAUGUGUGUAUAAUAAUAACAUACAUGCGUAUGCAAGACUCUGUGUCGACUUUGAAAAUUAAUCAAGUGUGUAAACUUAAUUUAAACGAGAGUUAAAAAUUUACAGACUUAUAGAUCGAGCGGUGCGAAGAAACUGAAGAAAAAAAAAACAACAAGCAAACAAGAAUAACGAAAAUCCACGUUUGUGAUUCGAAGCCCGGCGCCGACUGAAUAAGUUGCGUCGUCCAACAGCAACAAGUUAUUCAUACGCACAUUCAUCGACUCUUUGCCGUGGCUUGCGUGUGUAUAAAUAUACGUAUAAGAGAUAAUUAGCGACAUUGUGGAUUGUGCGUAUAUCGAAGGCGCAAAACACCGCACGUGACUUGUCACAGUUCCGCUGUAGGUACAGCCUUAGUGAUCGUGGCACGGCCUAUUUUUCAAUCCGGAUAUAUAUGUGUAAAUAAUUGAAUAUAUUAACACGAAGGAAAGGAAAAAAAAAGCAAGAAAGAAAGAAAGAAAGAAAGAAAGGAAGAAAUUGCGUCAGAUUGUGGUUUCGUGUUAUUAUUGUAUACAAUUGUGCGAAUCUAUGAUGACGAUGAUACAUUUUGUUGUUGUUGUUGAUUCGGAGUUGCGAGAUGGAUGGAUAGAUAGAUAAGCGGCUCGAAAGUCGUACGAUACGUAUAAUUGAUACGUUAUAUGUGUGAUAUUACAUCGAGACCGAGGGGAGAGUGAGAGAGAGAGAAGCUGUUAAUUGAAAUUCUUAAACGACUACAAGCCAGCUCUAGUAUACGUUGCCUAGAUGAUGUUUUUAUAGUUGGUAGUUGAACGCGCGUCGCAGAGUUUUACAAGCCUUUACUCACGAAACGUCGCUUCUCCCGCGAUCACUGUUUGAGAUACACUGACUUGUCGUAUAAAACUUGCGAGUUUUAUUAAUAAUUAUUACACAUUACAAUCGUGCAGAGUGCUGCUGCGAACGUGAGUUUUUCAAGAGUGAGAAACAAAGGUAAAUAUAUAAACACGCACAUUUAUGGUGUCUAUGAUACGCGCUGUAUAAUAAUAAUAAUUGAUUGAGAAGACGCGCUGGACGCGUUCGGUAGUGUAAAUAAUAGUUUGUUCAAUUGCAUUACGUAAUACAUUAUACAACCGAAGUCGAACUCUUCGAUUCUAUUCAUCGUAUAGGUAAAGUAAGCAAUAAACGUGUGUGUAGAAGAGUCGUUGGUGGAGAAAAAAGAAACGUAAAGAACGGACAAAACCAGUGAUAAACAACUUAAAUUGUAAUAAAAGUGUCGUACGUUUCGUAAAGGAGUGAAAAGAUAAACUAAAACGUAGAUAAAUAUUUAUCGUACGAUCGACGUCGGCAAGUGUUUCUUACGUACGGUAACCGUUGAUCUCAAGGCUCGGGAAAAGGUAAUUUUGAAUGACCUUUCUACUCUGCGGUUUCGUCUUCAACUCCUCAUCUUCUUCGUCUUCUUCGUCGUCUUUGCGGGCGAGGAAAGAUAGGGAAAAAAAUCAAAUGCCAGUCGCGUCGGAAGACGACUGGGUUUUGCACCCUCCUAAGAUCAGCAGCUCCAUCACAACGGUCAAGGGUGGAACCAUACAGAGCACAACCACCGCCUGGAUGUCGCCUUACGCCGCCUGCAGGAACAACGAUUCGCACAACGACAACGACAAACCUACGGGCAACAACAACAACGGCGUUAUGAUUCUUGAGGGAUGCAGACCGCCGGCAGCAACAACCGCGAGACGAUUUCUCAAGUGGUUCAGUCGCCUCGGACAACCGCCCAACGGUAAAUCAGGUGUGCUGGAGAUGGCGGCCACUGAAAGCACGAUCAGAUUCAGCGGUCAUACCCUGGACAAAGCCACGAAAGCCAAGGUGACGUUAGAGAAUUACUACAGUAAUUUAAUCGCUCAACACAUCGAGCGUAAGCAAAGGCUCGCGAAGUUGGAGGAGUCGUUGAAAGACGAAGGUCUAUCCGAGCAGCAAAAGCAGGAAAAGAGGCUGCAACAUGCCCAGAAAGAAACUGAAUUUCUACGUCUGAAACGCUCGCGGUUGGGCGUCGAGGAUUUUGAACCGCUCAAAGUAAUCGGGAGAGGAGCUUUCGGAGAGGUAAGAUUGGUCCAGAAGAAGGACACUGGUCAUGUUUAUGCUAUGAAGAUACUGAGGAAAGCAGACAUGCUUGAAAAAGAACAAGUUGCACACGUCAGAGCAGAGCGAGACAUCCUUGUCGAGGCUGAUCAUCAAUGGGUUGUUAAGAUGUACUACAGUUUUCAAGACCCUAUUAAUCUCUAUUUGAUUAUGGAGUUUUUACCUGGUGGUGACAUGAUGACCCUACUGAUGAAGAAAGACACACUUUCUGAGGAAUGCACGCAAUUUUAUAUAUCCGAAACCGCAUUAGCUAUAGAUUCUAUACACAAACUGGGUUUUAUUCAUCGAGAUAUCAAACCGGACAACCUUCUGCUUGAUGCGCGGGGUCACAUCAAACUGUCAGACUUUGGUUUGUGUACCGGACUUAAGAAGUCGCACCGAACUGACUUUUACCGGGAUCUCAGUCAGGCGAAACCCUCAGACUUCAUGACGUCGUGUGGAUGCGGAAGUGGAGGAGCAAUGGACAGUAAGAGAAGAGCCGAGAGUUGGAAAAGAAAUCGAAGAGCUCUAGCCUACAGUACAGUCGGUACACCAGAUUACAUAGCCCCUGAAGUUUUUCUGCAAAACGGUUACGGUCCGGCAUGCGAUUGCUGGUCACUAGGCGUUAUUAUGUAUGAAAUGUUAAUAGGUUAUCCUCCGUUCUGUAGUGAAAAUCCUCAAGAAACUUACAGGAAGGUAAUGAAUUGGCGCGAAACGUUGAUAUUCCCUCCUGAAGUACCAAUUAGCGAGGAGGCCAAGGACACUAUUGUUAGAUUCUGCUGUGAAGCAGAUAGAAGAUUGGGCUCUCAAAGAGGCAUAGAAGAAUUAAAGCUUGCGCCAUUUUUCCGAGGCGUUGACUGGGAACACAUACGAGAAAGACCAGCAGCAAUCCCAGUAGAAGUGAGGUCGAUCGAUGAUACAUCCAACUUUGACGAGUUCCCUGACGUCAAGCUUGAAAUACCGUCAGCACCGCUGCCGCAAGAUGGGGAGGUGAUAUACAAGGACUGGGUAUUUAUCAAUUACACUUUCAAACGAUUCGAGGGUCUGACUCAGAGAGGUACCCCGACCAAGAAAUAGCAAGCCUCGAUUAACCCGUGCUCGACUGUCAACCACCAAACACAAAGCGGUGGAUCGAUUGAUCCGGUACUGGUGCACCAUAAUCACAAUUCACCUCAGCACCAUCACCACCAUCACCACCACCACCACCACCACCAUCACCACCACCGUCAUAACCGUUAUCAUCACCUCACAGGGGAGUGAAAGUCGUCACUUUGGAUAAUAGACUUUGGUUGUAACUGAGGUCUGCAAUGAAAAUUUUCAGAGACUCUGCAGAAUACAGAGAUGAACGAUGAUGAUGACGAUGAUGAUUUCUGGUUAAUAUGUCGGCGUGAAAUAUGAGGCUAUUCAUUUAAUCGGAAUGAAGACAUGAAACAGUUGUUCGGAUAUCGAGGAACGACGUUAAGUACAAAAGAUCUGAUUAUGAGCAUGCGUUGGGGUUACUUCUGGAUUGGAUACUAAGAAUUUAAAAACCCAAUGAUUUAGGGUAGGAUAUCGUCAAAAGUAAGGAAGGUAUUUACAAAUCGCAACCGUACUAACGAGAUAUUGAGAAAAAUUCCAAUUGGUAUGCGCGGGCGAAAGCGGCUGACUUUUGAUAGAAGUUUAUCAAUCGCGGCAAAAAGUUUUGUCUAAAUGGAAAAAAAAAAAAAAAAAAAAUUGUUGGAUUUCUUGCUAGUUAUCAAACACGGCUUUUCUCGCUCUUUUAUUUCUUUUCCCUAUUGAAUAAAAAAUCUUGAAAGACAUGCACGGAUAAAUGUUUAAAUUUGAAUUAUGAAAAGUUCGAUUUUGCAACUUUUACUAAGCUUGGUAUAAUCUUCGUGUGCAAGUUACGCGUGCGCAUUAGUACGAGAAAUGUAUAUAACUCGCGUUAGUACGUUGCUAAUAUAUGAUGCGUUUUGAAUCAGUUGACGAUAUUAUGCGAUAUAUCGUUGCUAUUCUAUUGACAAAUAAUUUUUACGACGCUGAUAGUUGAUGGUCUGAAGAAUUAAGACACCUGCGAAUGAACAUCAAGCAGCAGCAAGAUGAGCAAUUUUCGAAAUAACAAUUUGGUCACAAUAAAAGAUAGAGCUAAAAAUGACUUGUAGUAUUGUUUCUCAGGCAACUAUGAUUUUGGUUCUUAUUCCUGUUCAUUGAAUAGAAACUCUUUGAACUUGGCAAUGUUCGUUUUGAAAAUAAAAAACAAAAUUAAUCUCUCAAUUAACAAAAAAGACGGAAGUUUAGAACGAGAUGAGUAACUUUACAAGUGAGCAGUUAAGAUGAAAAGAAAUGAUAAAUUCAGGGCUCCUUCGCUGCCUUAAUAAGGUUCCUAACACACGUGACACGGGGCGCAACAUCAGUACGUUUAGACGAGCCAAAUAAAUGAGAAACAAUAAAUAUUAACAAUAACAGUAAGAGAUAAUAAUAUUAAUAUUCAUGGUUAUGAUGAAAACAGACGUUUUUGGAUAAUAAAAGAACGGUGAAGAUAAAAAUGUGAGAAAAGCAGUUGCAAAAAUUUAACAAGCACAUCGGCAUAGCAUAUUUACAUAUGCUUUACCGAACGUAUUUUUAAAACGAACACGGAAUGUUAUCAUUUAUGAGUCGGUACAACCGUAACAAAGAUGCUGUUGCUAUCCAGGGCACCUCAUAAUAGUAGUAGAUGAUAUUUAUAAUAAAUAAUAAUAAGUUUAUUAUAUUACAGCAGGCAGUAAUAAUCAAUAAUGGUGUUUGAUCGACAAUACUGCAUAAGUUUACGAGGUGUUUGCGUAUAGCUAACCAUCGUAUGAAUACUAGGAUGAGAAAUCAGUUUGUUACGAAUUGCAUAGUGUGUCCAAUAAAUCAUAAACUAUCGAGUUCCGGCGUAUGCGUGGUUGGGGAAAAAAAAAAAAAAAAUGGAUACUUAGAAUAAAGUAAAUAUUUUAAAUGUAUAAAAAAGGAUAUCUGACAUUAAAUAAAAUGAGAGAGAGCUACAUAUUUUCUGCAUUGAACAAAAUAAAUUAUAAUCCAAAUCUAUGUAGUGCAAAACAUCGGUUGUUGUUCAACACAUUCACCUUCAAAAAUUGCAAUGUGCUUACCUGCUUCUGAGAAUCUCCUUGUAGCAAGCUUGAUGUUAGUUACUGCGAACAUAUUAACGGGUGGAAAAAGAACAUGUGAAUAUGCCAAUGUGUUAAAUGAACGGCUGAUAAACUAUUUAAUACAUAUACAUAUACAUAUUUAUAAUAAUGAUAUUUCGCUGUUGAUUACAGAUGCUAACGUCCAUGCCAUUAAUUUAAAACUAAACAAAAAUCGAAACGAUUACUUGACAUAAAUACAAAUAAAAAUGAUAGCUGCAACGUAAUUUAAAAAAAAAAAGUAAAAAUUUUCUCUUAAUUAAAUACAAUAGCCACAAGAUGCCUUUAAUACAGCAAAUUUUGGUGCCCUGGAAGCAGUGUAACGAAUAAAUAUUAUGAUUACGAAUACGAAUACUUUCGAGAUUAAGGUGAAAAGAGAAUUACAGCGUAAAUGAUGGCGGAAUGAAAUUUUGAACAUACAUACAUGUAGGUUAUAAUCAGUGAACAUUAUUUAUUUAUUGAAUAUAUAGGUACUACUGGCAAUCUAUGUAUUUAUAUCAGACGUUUACGUAAACACGUAAUAUCAAGAUAAAAAGGAACUAGAUUACAUACAAUGACUCUUCUUGGUGUACACUGUACAUAAUAACGAAUCGACUAAAUGUUACGUAUUAACAAUAUUAAGCAGUUUAAUAAUCCAAUCGUUCAAUUAUUAUUCAUCGUAACAUACCUAAACAAUGCUUCACGUAAAUCAUCUUACAGGUGUGUUCAUAAACGUACGGUAUGAUUAUGCACACAUGUGUAUAUACAUUACACGCAUAUAUAUGUGCAUGUAUAUAUGUAUGUAUAUAUACACAUAUUUAUGUACAACCACAUAUUUAUAUAAGCAUACAAAUAUCAAUGUGACAAUUAAAAUCGCGCUCCUCGCCGCAUUCUUUUAUUAUUAUAUUAAUAAUAAUUAGUUUACUAAUUUACUACUAUUAAAUUUAACACCAUGAUAGAUCUCUCUUUGCUGACUCUGGCUAUUAUUGUUAUAGUUAGAUUCAGUUUUCAUUUUAAUUAUUAUUCCUAACGGCGUUCGGCGUCUCUUUAAUCGGAGGACACGAUUAAUACGAUGUUUAUAAAUACAGGAUCCCCAGUUUCAAUAUCUCUAAUAGAAUAUCUUGUUUGAGUUCGAAACUUUUGUGACGUUCGUCAAGUUGAGAUUCAAAAUUCAGAUCGCUUCGGUCCAAUUUUGAGAAACACUAUUCAAUAUUAAAUUAACGUACGAGAACGUGAAAAUGGCAAUUUUAAAUUCUAACUGCAAUAGAUUUUCUAUUGACUUUAUUUUGUAAAAGUUUCCAGAUUUAAAAAUUAUCGAACACAGAUUUGAAGUUGCUCUCGUUACUAAUUUUGCACGUGAAGCUUUUAAGCAGUGUAAAACGAACUUCUUAACAUGUGAUACAAAGUUAUUCAACUAGUUAAGCAAUUUUUAAUCAACCUUUCAAUAUUUAUUUGCAGUUUGAAUAAUGAUCUGUGCACGGGCAAAAUGAAGUGAAUCAAAUUUUAUUCCCGUUAUUUAUAUAAAACAAAACUAAAGAAAAUGGAAACUGGUACAAAAAUAUUGCUGAAUUUUGAAUCCGACAGUCCCGACAACAAUACUAUGUAAACCCAAAUACACGAGUGGAACCCAAUUUUUUUCUUGUCCUUAUUUUGUACAGUAAUUUAGUUGAUUUUUGUUAGCUGGAUUUGAAUAGUUUUAAGUAGAAAUUGUAACGAUUGUAUUAAAAAUGUAAUGAUUUGUUAUUAUACAUGGUGACCGGCGUUGUGGCGUAUCUUGAAUAUCAAUUCAAUUACAAACUGAAUUUUUCGCGUAGGUAUGUUUUGAAAAACGAUUUCAUAAAGAGAACUUGAUAAUCGGGUGUUGCCAUGUCUCUAAUUAACGGCGGUUUAAAUUAAUUAUUCGUAAACCAAUAUCUCUUAAUAGUUGUUUAUUAACACACAAAGAAUAAAAACACACACAUACACGCAAAAUGACAAGUGAAUGCAACAAUUUCAUAGUAGGCUUGUGAUUAAAUUAAAGAGUUAAUAUUAUUAUUGAAGAAGGAAAGAAGUAAAAAAAAUAAAAAAAAAACAUUAUGAGAAACCAAUGUAUAAA